UUCCGAAACGAAACGCCUCUCUCUCUCAGACACACUAUCGUUGCAGUGAAACGAAUUUCGCGGUCUCUCUCUCUCUCCUCUGUCUCUGUGCCUGUGUGGACUUCCUUCUUCUUCUUCGGCGCAAUACGAAUUCCAAGAACGAUUACUUGGCUUCUUCUUCUCCUUUGGUUCUCUCUGCAAUUCCUUUCAUUGCUUUCAUUCUACGUUGUUCUUUUAUUUCACUCUUACCUAUUAACCCACUCUUGGGUAAUGCAUCCGAAUCUUCAUCGACAUUUGAGUAGAGUUUUCCUCAAUGCCUCUCCUCAUCUCCAUUUCUCGAUUUCUUCUUCAAGAUGUGAUUUUGACUUUCUAGAUAACCUACUUGUGAGCAAGGCUUUUGAUAUGUCAAAUCAAAUGUAAUUCCAUGACAUUUGAGAUGGCAUCAAGUAAUCGAUAUUCAAGAUCUGCUGCCGACAUGGGGUUCAGUUUAGAAGUCAAAAGGAGUUCAAGGCCACGAGAAAGCUCAAAAGUUGUGAAGCAGAAGAUCCCAACACCUCAAGCAAAUCAAAUUCUAGAGUCUCAAGACAAGCAUAAGAUAGAAAGUCCAUUUGGUCGUCCUUACCUUGAUCUGUAUCAUGAAUCAAGACGUAGUGCAGAUGAUGCGCUCUUGUCCCACCCAAAAUCUUCCAAGAACUCUCAAAAGCCUUGGAUUGGGAAGAAGGCAACUAAAGACGAUGAACUCAUUAAGCACAUGUCAAAUUUGCCUGGUUAUCUCCAGCGAGUGGAGAAAGGAGAAAAUUUCCAAGAGAAGGCUCUAAAUUUUGGAGUUCUAGAUUGGGAGCGUCUAGAAAAAUGGAAGUACAACAAAAAACAUUCACCAAGAGGCAACAAUCAUGCAUCUUCGGCUGGCAGUAAUUCCAGUACAGUUCAGAGCAAGAGUCUUGCUCCUCACAAGAAGAAACUCCCAUCACAUUGUCCUCAUCUUAAUUCAUAUCACAGAGAAGGCUUUUCUCAAGAUGUCAAACAGUCUCGAGGGAAGGUCAUACAACAAGAUUUUGAAAUCGCUCCAAAGAACACCUUGGAUGCGCUGCCAAAACCGCAUCAGACAGACAAGUCUUCUGGCAGGAAUUAUUCUGAGAUAAAGCUUGAGAGGGGAAUGAGGAAAGAUGCAGAUCAAAAGAUCACACUAGAAAAGGAAACUUCAUUGUCAGGCUUGAGAAAACAUGGGUUCUCACACGUUUCUAAGCGUGAGAAAAGAGCUCAGAGCAGUGUAGCAACCUAUAGGGUAGAGGAGUGGCAAGAAUCAGAAUAUUAUCUUGGUAAAAAACACUCCCAUGGAGAACACAAAAGCGCUGUUGUCCUUUUGCCCAAACAUUCUCCCCAAAAAAGUUGCUCUGAGAUAGUUCAACCUUCAGAACUGAAAGGACCAUUUCACGCAAAACCAAGGGAAGCAAUUUGGGAGAGCUUUCCAAAUGGCUUUGGUACUGAGGUGGUUCACUCUGCAGAACUCUAUCAUCAGAUUCCAUGCUCUUGCCCAUUGCCGCUUCAAGUAGAGACCAACUCUGAGUCUGGCAUGAGGCCACACAGCUUGACCCAUACUCAGAGCAUGGAGCUUCCAAAUGAUGCUUGUCGCACAUUCAUGUGUCCAAAUGAAACACCAGUCAUGUUAUCCCAAUGUAAAUGCAUAGAUGAGAAUGCAUCAAGUGUGAAUCCUUCAAAUGCAAAUGCAAUUGAUGCUCCAAAGAGUUUGGAUCAUGAAGCUACUGAACCUGCAACUGUAAAGGGAAGUCAUUCAUCACCAAAUCGUCAAUUUAGCUUCAGCCUUAGUAAAAUCAGAAAAAGUUUGAGUUUUAAAGAGAGGGCAGCUGUUCCACAGUUUAGUUCCACUUAUGCUGAGAGCACAGACCUUCCUUAUGAUGCUUCUUGCAUCUUCAUAUGUCCAAAUGACUCACCAAACACACCAUCCAGUGCAAAUGCAAUUAGAACUUCCAAGCAUUUGGAUCAAGAAACUACCGAACCAGCGGCUGUCAAAGGAAGUUAUCCACCACCAAACCGUCGAUUUAACUUCACCCUUGGUAUGAUGAGCAGAAGUUUCAGUUCUAAGGAAGGUUCAAGUGUUCCACAACUGAGUUCUACGUAUGUUACAGUCAAGUCUGGUCCAGUGAGAUCCGAAGUGUCUGAUUCUUUGGAUAAUGCAAGCAAAAGCAAAGCUAAUACUCAUAGUAGAACAAGGUCCACCCCUCUAAGAAGGUUACUAGACCCUCUACUGAAAACCAGGGUAACAAGUCGACACCAUUCUGCUGAGACCGUUCAGCAAUUGACAAGAAAUUUGCAUUUGACAUCCGAAGUUACCAGUAGUACUGAAUCCGUUCAGGACAAAAGCCACGAGGCAUCAACAGUCCAAGCUCUUGUGCAACUUACAAUGAAGAAUGGACUCCCUUUGUUCAAACUUGUUGUCAAUAACGACAGAGACAUUCUCUUUGCCACGAAAAAAAUAAAUUCACUGAGCAAGGAUGAUGCCGAAUGGAUUUACACAUUCUACUCGGUCCAUGAAAUUAAGAAAAAGAGUGGCAGCUGGAUAAGUCAUGGGCAUAAAGGAAAAGGUUAUGACUAUGGAUAUAACAUCGUGGGUCAGAUGAAGAUUUUGAGCUCUUGUUAUCCUGAUUUGAUGGUACAGAGUUCCAAGGAUCAAUUUACAGUGAGAGAGUCUGUUUUGUAUAGUGGGAAUCUUCAACAGGUUGAUGAGGGAACGCAAGAACUAAUGCCAAACGGGGAGCUUGCUGCCAUCAUUGUCAAGAUCCCAAUUGGGAAUUCAUGUAAUGAUGGAGAUCGGAGAAAUAAGGGGAAACAGUCAGUAGGAAAGAGAUUCCUGGACUGCUUACAGGAAGAUGGAAACUCUUUUGAAAAAAGGGAAACUGAGAAUUUCAAUAGUACUACGGUCAUUCUUCCUGGUGGUGCUCAUGGCUUGCCUAAGAAAGGCAUUCCUUCUCCAUUGAUUGAGAGAUGGAAAUCCGGUGGGUCGUGUGAUUGUGGAGGCUGGGAUGUUGGUUGCAAACUAAGAAUUCUUGCCAAUGACAAUCAGAGCUGUCAGUUUCCAGGACCAUCCAUAUCUUUCUCCAAUCCAGAUCAUUUUGAUCUUUUCGAUCAGGGAGGAGCUCAAGACGGUCAGCCAAUCUUCAGCCUGGCACCAUUCAAGGAGGGGAUUUACUCAGUUGAAUUCAGUUCAUCGAUUUCUUUGUUACAAGCAUUCUCAAUUUGUGUUGAGGUCCUAAGUAGUCAGAAAUCAUUUAAAUUCUCAGAAGUGAAUAACCUCUCUGAAGCAAAACUUUUCCAUGAAUCGGCUUUUACUGGAUCUGAUAGGAGAAAGACUCCCACCAAUGUCCAAGAAGUACCCACGAAUUAUGUCCCAGCCCCACCUCCAUCUCCUGUUGGAAGAGUCUAGUUUCAUGCAAGGUAUCAGCUCAUUCAGCAAGGUAUGGCAUUUUGGGUCUGAUCCUGGUGAGAAAUCUUUCUUCAUAGAAACAAGAUAUUCACUAUCUAAGGAAGAUCUUACUAUUGGUAUACUUCACCUGGUCCUUAGUAGCCUUCCCAAAGUCAGCCUAACCGGUUACCUUCGGAAAGGCGCUAAAAAACAGGCCUAUAGGUUCGUCCUUAUAAUAGAAGUAUAAUUAGCUAAUAAAGAGAGAAUAAAUGUACUGAAACUUGAAGGGAAUGGGAUCUUGAGUUGGGAAGACUUCAUUGUUUGGUUUUGGCAUCAAGUUAGUAUAUACAAUUUGAAGUACAAGUGAAUGAAAUGAUGGUUAUGUAGCUCAGUUUGUGUGAAAAGUAGAGAUCUGAAAUUGUAAUGAAAUUUUUGCAAUUUCAUCUGAAA